AUUUCAGGGGCGAAUUGUCUUGGGGUGAGAUUUCUUUGGGGCGAGUUGUCUGAUUCCCAUUCCGAAUGGACUUUGAAAGAAACGAACGACAACUUUGUAAGAAAACCCGCCAAUGGGGCUCGCGACCAAUCGGAUGGAUGCUAUGCCUGCUGGGAUAGCCAUGCUCUUUUUCGACGCGGACAGUGGACCCGACAUGACCGACUUAACGGACUCGACGUGACGGACUCGACCUAAUCAAUUUUCUUUAUUCUUAGACUUAAGUCUAAGAAUUGUUUGGUGAAUACGGGCCUAGCAGAUUCUUUUGUGCACGAGAUGCGGUCAAAAAGAAGAAAAGACGAAAGAACCAAUCCAGACUUGGUGGCAGAGGAAAGUAUAAAAAAGAAUGCAGAUCUUGGUGGAUUUUGUGUGGAUACAAUUCCACCUAAAGGUAGAGGAGUUAGAACAGAAGUUCAUAGAAACAAGGGCGACUUUCUCCUUACCUAUCAUGGAGAAUUAAUCACAGGAGAAGAAGGCAAUAAAAGAGAACUAAUGUCUGUCUCUGUCUUCAGAUUCUUCUUUUCUUUCAAAGGGAAGCAGUGGUGCAUCGAUUCUACCCUGGAAGUCAAAAGUGGUCAGUUCUUGGGUCGACUUGUUAAUCAUGGCAAAGGCAAAGAACAAAACUGCAAAAUGAAAUGCAUAGAGGUCAAUAAAAAACCAUACCUAUGCUUAUUUGCUCAAAGAGACAUUCAGACAGGAGAGGAGCUUCUUUAUGACUAUGGUGUGUCUGAUCUACCA